GGGAGUAAGGGCAAGCUGCACACAGAGGGAGCAGGUGGUGAGACAGCCCUGUGGUCUGCUGUAUGCAUGGCACCCAGCCCCUGCCCUGCAGCACUGCUCCGGCUGUUUGCCUCCACCCUGCAACCCCUGGCUUGGAUGCGUGGGCUGGUGUCUGCUGGGGACCUGAUCACUUCGGUCCAGACUUCUCACUGAUUGAGCUGAUCUCUUUUACUCCUGCCUUCUACCCCUAGCCUGGGACUCUUAGACUCUCCAGCAGGAGUGGGGAUGCUUGCUUCCCACAUGGCAGGCUGUGCCAGCCACCUGCCAGUUGCCUUGGAGUAUUUGCCUGUCUCCUGUUCCUGCCUCACUGGGUGAUGAAGUCUCCGUGGUCUGUAGAGACUCUACCCUCCACCUCUAUCCUCAGGGCCUGUUGUCUCUUUGACUUGGCGCUUGAAUCCGUGAAUCUUUUUUAAUUCCUGGUCCAUGCCUGUCGCAUUCCUUGGCUACAUCCUAUCUGGACCUCACUCUCGGCUUGUCCUGCCCUGUCAGGGGCUUAAAGAAGACUGGACGGAUUCACAUGGAGGUAGAGGCAGAAAUUGUCCUUGUCUGAUAGGUUUCUGGCUGCAGCAGGAACAUUUUGGGAGCCAUGGGCCGCCGGCUCAUCCGUGGUCUGUCUGGAGUGACUGUUUUCCUUGUCACCGUGGCUCUCCUUUCCGUAAGGCACCAUGGGGCUCAAGAAACAGCCCAAUACCUGGGGCUCGGAGAAGGGAUGUCAGAGAAUCCAGAGCAACGGGCCAAAGUGAGCCCAGAGGAUGUCGCAGGAGGUGAUGGCAGCAGGCAGAAGGACCUGCAAGCCCAUCCUCAGGACGAAUACAAGACUAGGGGAGGCUUGAAGCUUGAGGACAUUUUCAUAGCUGUGAAGACAACCAAGAGAUUUCACCAGAGCCGGAUGGAGCUGCUCCUGGACACGUGGAUAUCCCGGGCAAGAGAGCAGACAUAUGUCUUCACGGAUGAAGAAGACGAAGCCCUGAAAAGGAGAAUGGGUGACCACGUGGUGUUCAGCAACUGCUCUGCUGAGCAUAGCCACCUUGCCCUCUCCUGCAAGAUGGCUGCAGAGUUUGACGCAUUUCUGGCCAGCAGCCAAAGCUGGUUUUGCCACUUGGAUGAUGACAACUAUUUGAACCCUCAGGCCCUCCUGAAGCUCUUGUCCUCCUACUCUGCAGCAUGGGAUGUCUACAUAGGGAAACCCAGCCUGAACCGACCCAUCCGUGCCUCUGAAACACUGCCUAACAACAAGACGAAAUCUGUGCGUUUCUGGUUUGCCACAGGAGGGGCUGGAUUCUGCAUCAGUCGCAAGCUGGCAAGCAAGAUGGUGCCUUGGGCCAGUGGCAGGAACUUCCUGAGCACCUCAGAGCUCAUCCACUUGCCGGAUGACUGCACCAUGGGUUACAUCAUUGAGUGUAAAGUUGGUGGGCAGCUGCUGUCCAGCUCACUCUUCCACUCCCACCUGGAGAACCUGCAGCUCAUCCCCUCGACUCAGCUCACACAGCAGGUCACCCUCAGCUAUGGUGUCUUUGAGAACAAGCUCAAUAUUAUUGAACUCAGUGGCCCCUUCUCACCCCAGGAGGAUCCCUCAAGCAGGUUUCGAUCACUUCACUGCCACCUCUAUCCGGACACCUCCUGGUGCUUGCAGCCUGGUGGCUGGUGAUGUCUCAGCCUCAGCAGCAGUCUCCUGAUUCUAACUCCUACCUGUGAGAGAAGAGACAUAAAGGAUUAGAACUGGCCGAAAGAGAGGAGAAAGGAAGAGAUGGAGAAGGAACGCUCGGGAGCGGAUUAGAGGUUACAGCUUUAUGAUCUUCCUUGUGCCCCUGACCAAAAAAAUUAAGUCCUGAAGGAAUGGAAACAGCAAGGCAAAGAGCUUUCUUAUCUUUGCAUUUCUUUCCUCUAGACGCUAAGAGCAUUCCCCACCCCCCCUGCCCCCAUUCCUGCUGAGUGCGACAGGGAAAAGGAGCAGUCCCAGACAGGUUAUGAGUUUUCUGGCACAUUUGUGCAGUAUCUUUUUCAGUACAGAGCCUGGCAUGACACCUGGACAGUUCUGAUCACCGGGGAAUGAACCCUGGUGACAUUUUUUCCUUGUACAUAUGGUUAAAUGGUUGGUGGAGAAUAUUCCUUGGAAAGCUGGAAGGCAAAGAGGCUGUUUUCAAUGCCAGUAGUGCCACAAACAGAUAUUUCUCUUUAAGGAGUAUUUCAAAACACACUGCUGGGGUCUAUGAAAGUUUCCUGUAAUCUCCAGAUGAAAGGACAAAUGUCCUUUCUUCAAACAGCUGCUCAGCUCUGAUGCUUAUUAUGGGACUGAGUCUGCUGCUUGGCUUAAGUGCCAAGGGGGAGUAUCACUGUGCCCCCACCAUUCUGAAAACUGGCCACCCUGUCUUCCCAUCCCCCCCCACAAACAAACACCAGCAUCUCCUACACAGCAUACACAAGCUUUAAAAGAAAAGGAAGGCAUCAGAGAGACCUUCCACCUUAGCAAAGAGGGAUCUAGAAAUUAAUGAACAUUUUAAUUUCUGGAGAACCAGAAAGCAGCGCCUGGGGAGCUGUUUCCCAGUCUGGUCAUUCUUAUAGGCAUUAGCCAGCUUGUGAGGCAGCAGAGAGCUCUGCUUUCUUCUCUUGCACAAUGUGACUUUGAACUGGAAAUUCUUCCUGGGCAUGGACAGGGACUAGUGAUGCCAAUGACCACUCUGAGUAGUGAAAAACACUUGUCUCACACAGCUACAUGAAGCCAGGAGCCAUGCGGUUCAAAGAGACAUCCAACUGUUGGAAGACAGGUACAAUACACAGAGGAGUUUGAAGUCCUGGCUGUAAGACAAAUGACUUGGUUUAAACUUAACCAGAAGAUGAAAAGUGUUUCCAUGUGGAGAAAGGAGAGUCUGCAAGAGAAAUCUACACUACUCAGAUAUAUUCCUUUUUCCCCAUUUAAACUGCUAGCUUUCUUGUUAAUCAAACCUUUGGGUUCAAAAGCCAGUCCUAUUUGUAGAAUUCCUGAUGGCAGUCAAAGCACAAUGCAAUUCAUGUGCCUGGAGAAGAAACUGAUACAGCAGACUUACCUCCUUGAGGAAAAGCAAGACACAGAAUUUGGAAGCCCACUUUGGAUCCCAGCCUCAGCCAGUCUGAAUUGGCCUGUUGCUAUUUGCAUGGCUGAAGGUCUGAUGUUAAAUGGGUUGAAUCCUUGAGGGGCUUCAGAGGGAUCACUCUACGACAGGGCUUCAUUGCUGAAGCAGUAGGUACCACUUCUGUGGAAUAUGCCUUCUCUCAUAAGGAAACUGGGAACAGAUGAGAAGAUGUCUUGGGCAAGACAUCUCUUGGGCUGUAGAGAAAUGAAUGACAGAAAGUUCUGUUAUGCCUGCGAUGGCAAUGCACUGGAAAGAAAAUUGAUUCUCAGAGCUGACAAAAGGAACCAGGAUUUCUAUAAGAACAGAGAGACAGCUUAAGGGGACAUUCUCCACUUGAAAUCUGAUCAAUGUUAAAACCUGAGUUAAAAUUAGUUUCAGGAAUGAUUUCUGCUCUUGGGGCUUGCUGUCAGAUGUUGUGGUUUUACAGUCUCAUUUUCCUAGUUUAUUAAAAAGUUUAGCUGCUUGGGAAAAAUGGGAAACAAUCUCACGUGAAACUUUUCAGGGGACUGUAUUUUUUUCUUCUCCUUCAUGAUUUUCUGAUGUAACAGUUAAAGAUUUUGCAAAGGUUCCUCUCCCUCUAUUGAUUUUUUUUUUCUUUUUUAUUCCCUUCCCCACCCCCACUGCAGUAAAAAGCCUGCCCCAAGAACUACAAGGGAUGGAGACCUGCUUUUUUCAUUUUACUGGGAAAAAUGGGAUCGGAGUCAAAGGUGCUGACAUGACCUUGCUGUUGUACAACAUCAAGUAUAGUUCAAGGUUUUGAGUACAGAGACCUCAGCCUGCCCAACACCAUAGCAACGAACAGCAUUAAUGGUGUUUAAACUGUAUACUGAAGAUUCAGAAAAAGGAGAAGGAGGGAAAAAAAGCAGUUACAGUAUUUGAAAUGUUAAGUAUUAAGUGAGUCUUUCAUGUUAACAAUAUCUUUUCUUCACUUUCCCUUUAGCUGUGAAGAAUUUUUAUUAGGAAACCCUUAGUUGACAGUGCAGAAAAUGCUAAUGACUACCCUUUCUUUAGGGGAAAAAGAGAAGUUAGCUGAAAUAGGUGGGAAACUGCAGUUGUUGCUAAAGGCUUGAAGGGGAUGGAGAAUAACAAAGCUAGACAAUGCUUCUGUCUCUGGUGCCAACUCCUCUUAACAACUCUGCUGCCGAAGGAAAACAGACUUCUAAGCUGCUGGAAGAUUUAGCAAACUUGUACCUGGAUUACAGCCUUCAUCUCUCUCCCCAGGCCUCUUGGAAAAGAUGCAACCUUCAAAAGACUAGCAGUUUAUUAAACAGAAUCCAAAAGGUGAGAAAUAGGAACAGGAAGAAAGGAGGCUGGAAGGGAAGAAAUGGCCAAGUAGGGCCUAGGAGGGAAUUUAAGCUCUUCAUUGAGAGUGCUGUUUGGGAACUGCCCAGGAGGAGUGGGAAAGUGGGUGUUGCCUGGACCCCCAUCUCUGGAUGUUUUUGUGAUCGGGACAAUGGUAGCCCUCCAAUGCCACAGUGGAUGCCAGUCUGUGAGUGAGAGGUCACACUGAAAGAGGUGGGAAUCAGGCCUGUUCAGUGCCAUUGGCCCCCCCCCCACUUUUUUUUUUUUUUUUUUUAAUUUUAAUGAAUGCCCCAGAGAAGCUGAUAGGCUUUCAUGUGGCAAUUAUACUCACUUCCUAACAGCAGUUUUGGCCUCUGGAUCUCCAGCUUUCCUCUGCCCUUGCUCACAAUGCUGGCUCUUCAGACAGUCCAGGGUUGGGAUCAACAGCUCUUUUCAUUCAUUCAUUUAUUUUUUGUGCUCAAUCCUUCAACAACCCUAGAAGACAGCUGGGUUGCCAUUUUGCACCACCUGGGCUCUACUCACCAGCCUUUUCUGACUGCUAGGCAUUACAUCCUUGUUUACAGUAAGGUGAUUGGAGCUACGUUUUCAAAUGAACCCAAGACAAGGCUUGAACUCUUACUGCUGUAUCUAUAAUGAUGAACCUUCAUGCCUGUGCUCUACUAUGCACUCUUUUCCUUAUGUCCCCCAGUCAUUAACAGUAAGUAGUGGGCUCUGUGUGUAGUUAUACUGUGGAACUCAUUGGUACAGGACAAUGAGUCAGUCACAGCUUUGAAUUAAUUAGAAACAAAGAACCACACAAUGAGUGGAAGCAAAUUCCUACUAAGCCCAAGCUGAUGAUAACAUCCCUCUGCCCAAAAGUGACUGUAACCAUCGAUAGAAGGAACCAGGAAGAAUAAUUGAAGGGACAAUCUCUGUUUCUUAGGGUGCAACUUUAUGAAAGGUUAAAACUAUGUUUUUAAACUUUUUGUCUGAGUUAGUUUUCAGCCUGUUCAGCUCUCUAUCCUAAAUUGUCCUCUCAUGUAGCCACGUGAAUGCUUGUGCCAGCAAGAGGAAGGAUCAGAGCACACUUCUGUGGGUGGAUGAAAAGGUGAAUGAGGGUGACCACUCCAUUCAGUAACUGCAUGGGCACAGAGAAGCAUGAACCAUCCUUAUGUUCUUCCCUAGGCAUCUGCUAGCAGCUGGUGCCAAAGAUAGGAUCUGAUGCUAAUUGGGACUUUCUUCUGUCCCAAACACUGCUGGGCUUAUGGCUCCACUGAAGAUGAUGUGACUGUUACCAUAGACAUAACCAAGGCCAGGAAGAAGAGCAGUAUCAUGAAUGCACAAAUAACUGUUUCUGUUCUCACCAACUGAUGGAGGAAUUUUUCCUCUAGAUGUUCCACCCAAUUACCUGGGAGGUUUAAGGAGUGCAGAGCUAAGCCAUUGUUGCUCAGCUGGCUUUGCCUCUUUAAGACUGUUCCUUGACAGCCUGAAUUUUCUGUUGCUCCCUGUUUGAUCCAGCUUGGACUCCAAGAAAGCUGGGAACUCAUCUUUCCCUGUUUGAACUGUAUGUGAUCAAUUACAGACCUCGAGAAUGGGCUGCUUGCCUAUCUCUCAUGUUUAAAUUGCCUUCCAGGAUUUUGCAAGGCUAAGGAGCCUCCUCAGAUGUUGAGUCUGACUGUGCUUCGGUCAAGCAUGCCUUGGUUUUGCUGAGAGUGGCAUCUGAUUCAUAGUGAACUUUGAGAACAAAUUGAGAGUGGCAUCUGAUUCAUAGUGAACUUUGAGAACAAAUUAAACAGAGUGCUUUGUACAUGGA